UUCCAUACCUUAAUUUAUUAUAACACUUUUCUCCAUUUCCGAAAAGAAAAAAGUCAGUAGAGAAAAACGCAACAUGGCGUUACUUGCAAUGGACCUUACUUUCUCUUCUGCUUCUCUUUCUUCUUCUUCCUACAAUGCUGCUCCUCUACUAUUUCCUUCUAUUCGCCCAUCCUCUCAAUCCAUUGUUCGAUUCCCAGUCCAUGAGGUGGGAUUCAGGGGGAAAUGCAGAAUUUCCAAGAUAAGGUUCGCUCGCUGCUCUGCAAAUGUUGGCCAAAAGCCUGGUGUUGUGGAAAAGAAAAGCGUUUCGGUGGUUCUUCUGGCAGGUGGGAAGGGUAAACGGAUGGGGGCCAACAUGCCAAAGCAGUAUCUUCCACUUUUAGGGCAACCAAUUGCACUGUAUAGCUUCUACACUUUUUCUAAAAUGAUUGAAGUGACUGAAAUUGUUGUAGUUUGUGAUCCCUCUUACGAGGAUAUCUUUGAAGAUUCCAAAGUCAAGAUCCAUGUUGGACUUAAAUUCGCUCUGCCUGGAAAGGAAAGACAGGAUUCAGUUUAUAGUGGACUUCAGGCAAUUGAUCCAAACUCUAAGCUUGUGUGCAUUCACGAUUCUGCUAGACCUUUGGUAACAACAGAAGAAGUUAAAAAGGUCAUUGAAGAUGGUUGGUUGCAUGGAGCAGCUGUACUUGGUGUUCCUGUCAAAGCUACAAUCAAAGAGGCAAACAAUGCAUCUUUUGUAACUAAAACGUUGGACAGGAAAAAACUUUGGGAAAUGCAGACACCCCAGGUGAUCAAACCCGAGUUGCUCAAGGAAGGAUUUGAGCUUGUAAAUAGGGAAAAUCUGGAAGUGACUGAUGAUGUGUCUAUAGUGGAACACCUUGGACAUCCUGUAUAUAUAACGGAAGGUGCUUACACCAACAUCAAGGUUACUACUCCAGAUGAUUUAUUGCUUGCGGAGAGAAUAUUGAGUAUGAACUCUGUGAAGGCUGUUGCAUAAAUAUUCAUUUUUUGUUGUACUUUCACAUUCUUUGUAAUCUGAAAAUAAUAGUUAUGAGGAAAUAUUUCUUGUGAA